UAAAAGGGAAAACCCCACUUAGUUCUACAAUAAAAACUGCAUCCUGAUCUCCAAGAAUAUAUAUUUUUGAACCUUCAUCAUAUCCUCACGAUAUAGUAGGGAGAAAACUAGGCAUGUUUUGACCUCUUUUUAUUCUCUCUCUGAUCUCUCUCUCCAUUUCUCUCAAAUAACAAAGCAUAUGAUUUUGUGAUAUCCCAAGUGCGAAAGGGGAGAAAUGGGAAGAGCUCCAUGUUGUUCAAAAGUUGGUUUACAAAAAGGACCAUGGACUGCCAAAGAAGACACAUUGCUCAUUAACUAUAUCCGGGCUCAUGGUGAAGGCCAUUGGAGAUCUUUGCCUAAAAAAGCAGGGCUACUUAGGUGUGGGAAGAGCUGCAGGCUAAGAUGGAUGAAUUAUCUCCGUCCCGAUAUCAAGCGAGGAAACAUCACCCCUGAUGAGGAGGACCUCAUUAUCCGGCUUCACUCCCUUCUUGGUAACCGUUGGUCUCUAAUUGCUGGAAGACUUCCAGGCCGAACUGACAAUGAGAUCAAGAACUAUUGGAACUCUCAUCUAGGCAAAAGGUUCAAGAUUAACACGAGAAACGAUCAGAACAACCGAAAAGGAGGAUCAGAAUGUGUUAGAGGUCCAAAGAUCAGUACUCAAAAGAAUUACAAGAACCAAGAUAGUACAGCUUAUGGUGAAACAAUAAUGACGACCAAAGUUCAUCUGCCAAAGGCCAUGAGGGUUUCACCACUUCCAAUUACAAGGAAGAAUAGUACUGAUGGUAUGGCAAGUGGAUCAUCAACUAGUCUUGGAGAUGGAAAUAAAGGUGUUCUUGAUGAUCAUGAAGAGGUUUUGAAGUGUUUACCUGAUCUCAGAGAUUAUAUUGAAGGUGGAGAUAGUACUGACUUUGUUAGUAGCUAUGGCGUCUGUGAUCCACCAUACCAAUUUUCUGAACCCACCAAAGAUGACAUGCUGGACAAGAUUUACGAGGAAUAUCAGCAGCUUCUCAAGGCAGAAAAUCAACUCUCUUUGGACUCCUUUGUCGAUUCCUUGUUGAUUUGAUUUGUACUAAUUAAAAAAAAUGUCAUCUCUUCAUGUCGAACUUGGUGUUUA